GCAACCUAAUUCUUUUUUAAUCGGAGCGACAUAAAUCCCUAACUAAACCCCUCUCAGUCGUCAAGUCUCUUGUCCUUCCGAUUCAAAAACAGAAGCAAAUCAAAGAGACGAACUCACAGUAAUUCAUAUAUGAUUCGUCCUCGAACCCUACUGUUUUACUCAUCAUCAAUCUCUCACAUUUCACACAGAUGGGUUUCUUCCACAACACAACUCCAUGGUUCAUGGAUCAACAAGAUUAAAGGUGUAUUCACCGGCCAAAAAACCUCCACCGAUGCCGCCAAAGUACCCAUUUCCGAGUCAUUCACUCUCCUUCGAUUUGCGGAUGAAUUGGGCAGAGCAAAGAAGUUAGGGACUCUGAAGCAGUAUGUUGUAGGGAGAGGUAGUGAAGUUACAUUUGCUGAAGCUUUUGAGAAGCAGCAAGCUAUUCUUCAAUAUCUUGGUGCAUUGGAUCCCACUGGAGAGAAUCUUCAAACACAUCAAAAGCAACAGGCAGCAAAACAUUGCAAGUGCACAAUAGUUGAUGUCGAGAAUAUGUUGGCAAAGUUUACUUGGGCAAAAGAAGCACAAAUGAAACUUGAGAAGAUGAAGGAAGAAGGGAAGCCAUUGCCAAAGAGCAUGGCUGAGGUUCAAAAGUUGAUGGGUUCAUCCCCGCUGGAUGUUGCACGAUCAAACAUGGCUAAGAGUGGGCAAAUUAGUAGGAAUGCAUUCUGUCCUUGUGGUUCCAAGAAGAGAUACAAAAGGUGUUGCGGGAAGGAUUCAACGUUUUAAACGGAGAGGUUUAAUCAACAAAUAGCUAAAGAUGAAGAGCUGGCAUGUCCAAAACAAGAAAUUCUUGUAUGGUCAGAUGACAUUUUUCCUUUAUCUAAAGUCAAUCUCAAUUGUUGUGUCGUUUAAUAACAUCAAUGGAGUAAAAUCUGAUGGUUAAUGCACAUCAAAACUAGAUGAGUAGUAUUAGCUGCUGUGUUUGUGAUUAAAAAAAAAGUUACCAAGUACAGAGACCUCAAUAAACCAGGUGCUCAUUACAUUCUAGAAAGUUUUUUAAAUUACAAUUUCGUAUUUUUCAGA